AUCCUCAAGUCUUGAACCCUCUCCAAUACAAUAUAAACCGACCUCUCUCUAUAUUUCUCUCUGUAAACACUAAAAGUAGCAUUAAAUGCUCCGUUACAAAAUUUCUAUCUCUUUCUAAGAAUAUAAAGAUAAAUAAUAGUUAUAUAGAAGAAGAAUUAAGAAGAUAUCACCUAGUGAUCAAAAGCCACCGUCAUCAUCAUAAGUUGCUGCCUCAGGAGUAGACCAACAUAAGAAAGAUAGAUCCUCAAUCUCUCCUCUAUCAUCAUCUUUCUGCUGUUACUAUCACACUCGCUCAAACAUCAUCAGAUGCAAGGUCAUCACCAGAAUCAUCAUCAACAGUUAUCAUCAGCCACGUCUUCCAGUGGAAACUUCAUGAACAAAGAUGGGUAUGAUCUUGGAGAGAUAGACCCAUCACUCUUCCUCUAUCUUGAUGGACAAGGACAUCAUGUCGAUCCUCCAUCAACUGCUCCUUUACCUCAUCAUCACACAACUCAGAAUUUGGCGAUGAGACCUCCAACAUCGACGCUCAACAUCUUCCCAUCUAAACCGAUGCACAUAGAGCCGCCUCCUUCUUCUUCUAGACCCAAUGCUGUUGCACCUAGUGGUUCGACUCGACCAUCUUCUGAGCCAUCCAUGGACUUGACCAAUCAUUCUCAGUUUCAACUUCCUCAACCUUCUAAACCAAUCAAGAAAGAAGGGAACCGCAAGGGUCUUGCUUCAUCAGACCAUGACACACCAAAAUCAUCAGACCCUAAGACAUUGAGAAGACUAGCACAGAACAGAGAAGCAGCAAGGAAAAGCAGAUUACGAAAAAAAGCUUAUGUUCAGCAACUUGAGUCAUGUAGGAUCAAGCUGACCCAACUAGAACAAGAGAUUCAACGGGCCAGAUCCCAAGGUGUAUUCUAUGGAGGGUCUCUUAUAGGAGGAGAUCAACAGCAAGGUGGGCUGCCCAUUGGUCCCAGCUACACGAGCUCCGCAGAAGCAGCGGUGUUCGAUAUGGAAUACACAAGGUGGUUGGAGGAGCAGCAGAGGCUGUUAACCGAACUAAGGGUGGCGACACAAGAACACUUGGCUGAGAACGAGCUUAGGAUGUUUGUAGACACUUGUUUAGCUCACUAUGACCAUUUGAUUAACCUCAAGGCCAUGGUCGCUAAGACCGAUGUGUUCCACAUCAUCUCUGGGGCUUGGAAAACACCAGCCGAGCGUUGCUUCUUGUGGAUGGGUGGUUUCCGCCCAUCUGAGAUUAUUAAGGUGAUUGUGAACCAGAUAGAACCAUUGACAGAGCAACAGAUUGUUGGGAUUUGUGGGCUGCAACAGUCCACACACGAGGCCGAAGAGGCUCUCUCGCAAGGCCUCGAGGCAUUGAAUCAAUCGCUUUCCGAUAGUAUCGUAUCCGACUCUCUCUCGCCUGCCUCUGCACAACUUCCUCCUCAUCUAUCCAAUUUCAUGUCACACAUGUCAUUAGCUCUCAACAAACUCUCUUCCCUCGAGGGAUUCGUUCUUCAGGCGGAUAAUCUGAGGCACCAAACAAUCCAUAGGUUGAACCAAUUGUUGACGACACGUCAAGAAGCACGUUGUAUUCUAGCCGUUGCAGAGUACUUCCACCGUCUUCAGGCUCUAAGUUCUCUCUGGCUAGCCCGUCCACGCCAAGACGGAUGAUAAAAAAAAAAGCAAGAGAAUAGGUUGAUUAGUUAGCCAGCUUGACCUCUUUAUAAAUAUAUUAUUGUCUUUCGAUCUACAGACCUUAAUUAGGGAAACUUGUUCGGAGUACUCUUUUUGUUAUAGAUUUUAUUAUAAUAUAUAUGUUUGCAGAUGAUGAUAGACAAGUCCGUACCUUUAAUUCCUCCUUGUGCAUAUGACA